UUUACAGACUGCCGUUGACUCCAUCGUUUUCUCAACUCCGACCUCCCCCGGCAUCACCCAUGGCUCUGGAAGCGCGGCUCCGCCUCCCGCUCGCCCGGCCAACUCCGGCCACCGCGUUCCUCUCAGGAUCCAACCCCAAACAGACCCACAUAUCCUUCUCCAUCAAAACCAGCUCAACCUCUCUCUCCGCCGCCAAUGCGCCGCCGCCCAUCGUCGUCGUGGGCUCCGCCAACGCCGACAUCUACGUGGAGGUCGACCGCCUCCCGCUCGUCGGCGAGACGGUUGCCGCGCGUGCCGGACACAGCCUCGCCGGUGGGAAGGGCGCUAACCAGGCCGCCUGCGGGGGGCGGCUCGCGCUGGGCCCCACCUACCUCGUGGCGCGCGUGGGGAACGACGCCAACGGCCGCCUGCUCGAGGGCGCCCUCGCGGACGCCGGCGGCGUCCGCCUCGACCGCGUCGCUCGAGCCCCCGACGCGCCAUCCGGUCACGCUGUUGUCAUGCUCAUGCCAGACGGGCAGAACUCCAUCAUCAUCGUUGGCGGCGCCAACAUGGAGGGCUGGGCCUCGGAGGUCGACCCGGAGGACCUGGACCUGAUCCGGCAUGCCGGCGUUCUACUUCUGCAACGAGAGAUACCUGAUUGGGUCAACAUUCAGGUCGCUCAGGCUGCAAAAGGCGCAGGUGUGCCUGUUAUCUUGGAUGCAGGUGGAAUGGAUGCUCCUGUCCCUGGAGAAUUACUGGGGCUGGUGGAUAUUUUUAGUCCAAAUGAAACAGAGCUAGCACGUUUGACUGGAAUGCCCACCGAAACUUUUGAACAGAUCAGCCAGGCAGCAGGAGCAUGCCAUAAAAUGGGUGUCAAAGAAGUUUUGGUCAAACUUGGGUCACAAGGAUCUGCUCUGUUUGUGGAGGGAGAGGAACCAAUCAGGCAGGCGAUAAUACCUGCCACAGAAGUAGUCGACACCACUGGUGCCGGUGACACCUUCACCUCAGCUUUUGCUGUAGCUCUGGUGGAGGGGAAGCCUAAGCAAGAGUGCAUGAGAUUUGCUGCUGCUGCCGCCUCACUGUGUGUUCGAGUAAAGGGCGCCAUACCUAGUAUGCCUGACAGAGAAUCCGUGAUGAGCCUUCUAGAAACUGCGCAAGCUAAAUAAAUGAAGAAAAUACCGUCUGCUUCAGCUUAGCCAUAUUCAUCAACAAUAAUGUGAGCUGCUAAGCUUCAGUCUUCUUAUCGGUUCAUUUCGUUUCUGGCGUGCAUAUGUAGGUCUUGUGCCAAGUUGUGGACUUGUGGUACAGGAAAUAAUAGAAAGUAGCUUUCCUUCUGCAGUUCUGUCAUAGAAACGCUAACACUGAUUCAGGAGUUCUUGUUCUGCUGUUUUUGUAGGCCUUUCCUGUUAUGCCAUAGCUUUACUAUUCUUACACAUUGCCUGUAUCCCUCUGGACCUAAAUAUUUGGUGUUGUUAGAUCUCAUUAAAUUUCACAGAACCUCAA